AUGAGGCGUCCUCUUUUUCUUCGUAUUGUAUCUGAGGUUGAAGAUUACGAGCCAUACUUCGUCCAAGAAAGAAAUGCCGCUGGAAUACUUGGUUUUUCUUCCCUUCAAAAGAUUGCCGCUGCACUCAGGAUGCUAGCAUAUGGAGUAACUGGUGAUUAUGUGGAUGAAUAUCUAAGGCUCUCUGAAAGCACAUCAAUGGAUAGUCUAAAACUGUUUGCUCAAGCAGUGGUUUCUCUUUACUCCGAUGUGUACUUGAGGUCACCAACAAAUCAUGAUAUUGCGAGAUUGCUAGCGGAGGGCCAAAGUUGUGGUUUUCCUGGGAUGUUGGGGAGCAUCGACUGCAUGCACUGGAAGUGGAAAAAUUGCCCGACAUCAUGGAGAGGUAUGUAUUCUGGCCAUAAACGUGAAGCAACUAUUAUCUUGGAAGCAGUUGCUUCAUAUGAUCUUUGGAUAUGGCAUGCAUUUUUUGGGUUACCUGGGUCUAACAAUGACAUCAACGUGUUGGAUAAAUCUUUUAUAUUUACUAAGCUUGCUCAAGGGCGUGGUCCUCGAGUCAAUUACUCUAUUAAUGGUCAUGACUACACGAUGGGAUAUUACCUUGCCGAUGGUAUAUACCCGCAAUGGUCAACAUUUGUAAAAACAAUCUCAGCCCCACUAGGAGCCAAGAAGAAACAUUUUGCUGCAGCAUAA